CUCUUCUCUCUCUGCUGAGACGUGAUUGGUUCAUUUCCAGGAGCCGUGAGAUAUAUUUUCCACAUGUGCUGUGCGUUGAGGUGCUCGACUUCUCGACUUCUCGACUCACCUCGUAUCGUGGACUCGGUGCUCUGGACCAGGCAGAUUAAGAUGAAGUCUGUGGUUUUCCUGAUGUGUUUGGUGGCCCACUCACUAACGGCUCCUGUACCUGAAAGUGGCAGUGACGAGAUAGCAGCUCAGACACACACAAGCCUUCAGCUAAUGGAGCUGUACCGAAUGUACAACCAUCUGCUGCAGCAGGGUAUUGCAGCUCCAGCUCCACCUCAGCCUCAGUUUGAUGGAUUCUACCAACCUGGAGCUGCAGCACCACUAAACUCUGAUGAGGCAGAAGAUGCUGAAGAGGCUGAAGAGGCUGAAGAUGCUGAAGAAGCUGAAGGAGCUGAAGGUGCUGAAGGAGCUGAAGUUGCUCAAGGAGCUGAAGGUGCUGAAGGAGUUGAAGGAGCUGAAGGAGCUGAAGUUGCUCAAGGAGCUGAAGCUGCUGAAGGUGCUGAAGGUGCUGAAGGAGCUGAAGGUGCUGAAGGAACCGAGCCAGCAGCUGAGGAACCCACUCUUGACCCAACCACCACUGACCCUGCUGCUGUUUCCAUUGAUGCCCCAGCUGACCCUGAAGUUCCUCUCGAUUAUCUUCUGGCAACAAAUGAUCUUAAUGUUGAGUUUAAUGUUGCAGACGGCUUUGAUCCAGCAACAAUAACAGAAUCUCCUCUUCCAUAUCUUCCAUAAACGAUCACUUUUAAUCAGAAACAUUACUGUAAUAAAGGCCGAAGCCGUGUUGCUGUAUGUUGUUAUGUUGAAGAUGUGGAACAUGUAGCUGGAAAUUGGAAAAACGCAGUUUGAUUUGAUCAAGUAUAUGACUUUUUUUAAAGAUAUUUGUAACUGAAGUUUAGCAGUUUGUAUGAACAUAAUGGAGUUUCAUGUGUGAGGAUUAAGUCUGUUGUUUCUUAAAAAAUAAAAAAAAUGCCCAAAAACUGCAA